AUGGUCGAAAGCGUGAGCCACAGCAAAGUGUACCUGAGUAACAACGAGUACCACGAUAUCGUAAUCGCGAUUGACGAGAACGUGCCCGAGGAUAGUUCCAUUAUAGACAACAUAAUGACCAUCUUCACAGACGCAUCAGAAUUCCUUUACGAAGUAACAAGACAUCGUGCGUUUUUUAAGGACAUAUCCAUCCUCGUUCCCAAGUCAUGGGAUGACAACCUUGAAUAUGGAUCAGCUGACUUCCAAACAUAUGACAAAAGUGACGUCAGGGUAGUUAUUCGGGAAAAUGACACCAAUCACGGUCCGUACGUUCAUAAAACAACGCCCUGUGGAGAGUUAGGGGAUUAUAUGCAACUGACAACCGUGUAUAUCAACGAUUCUGACAUUGCUUCACAGCACGGACCAUAUGAGAAGGCCAUAGUGCAUGAAUGGGGACAUUUGCGAUGGGGUGUAUACGACGAGUACCCAGGUGGUAACACAGGUGCCCCCCUCUUCUACGCUGGACCCAAUGGUCAGAUUGAAGCCACGAGGUGUUCAACUGCAGUAACAGGAAUCAUGUUUCACAAAGACACGUUUCUUGAGUGUGACGUCGUUGGUAAUCUACCAGAACCCGACUGUAGGUUCUAUGAUAAAAGAUACGACAGAUCUUACACAGGUUCCCUCAUGUACAGGCAGUAUUUGCCAAAUAUUGUUCAUUUUUGUGACAAUGAAACAAUGGCCGACUCGUCGGGCAGUAUACAUAAUGAACAAGCUCCCACUAAACAUAACAGGCUAUGUGACGAGAAAAACAUCUGGCAGGUUAUGCGUGAACACGUGGACUUUGCCGAUGACGCCAACCCACCGCGAGAUAACCUUUCAACGGUUCCGUCCUUCAGAGUUGUAAAACAGAGGGCUAAACGUAACGUACUCUUGUUGGAUAUUUCUGGCAGUAUGUCUUCCAAUAAUCGAAUAGAGAAACUUGGACAGGUCGCCAGCAUUUAUAUACUCCUCACUGCUGAUGACGAUGAUGAGUUGGGUAUGGUAGUAUUUAACGACCAGCCAAGCACGCGAUCACAAAUGGUGACCAUUUCGGAGAGUACACGAUUAGACUUAUUGGAAUUAAUACCGACACGCGACGACAUCGGUGAUGCAACGGGCAUCGGUUCUGGACUGUCCGAGGCAAUAGAUGUGUUGGAGAAUGGCGGAAAUGACGCAGCCGGUGGUUGUAUAAUUCUUGUCAGCGAUGGCGAAGAGAACCGAUCCCCAUACAUUGAUGACGUCCAGUCGACGAUUGUAGACAAAGGUGUAUGUGUCCACACUAUAGCAUUGGGCGUAGAUGCGUCACACAAUAUGGAGCAGUUGCCCCUGGCUACAGAUGGAAAGAGUUUCUAUUACUCAGAAAACCCUUAUUCAAACGCAUUGAAUGAAGCUUUUAUCACGAUCGCUAAACAGGACACAAAUGCUUUGGAUCAAUCGGUUCAGAUAUACAGCAACACAAUACUAGUGGACGAUAGAACGACAUCAACGAUAGAUAUAACCGUCGAUUCCUCGAUAGGCCGGGAAACUCAAUUCAUAUUCAGUUACCUCGACUCACAAGCUGUUCAGAUAACAUUGAAUUCACCCAGUGGAACUGUUAUUGACCAGUCAUCGUCAUUCUAUGUACUAGACACAACUUUCCAGGUUGUAAGAAUCAGCAUUCCAGGAACAGCAGAGACUGGUUCGUGGAGUGUAUCAAUAUAUAACCCAUCUUCUACCGCGCAAUAUGUAAGUGUCACAGUCCAGUCAAAGAGCAGAGACUCGGGUCAGUAUCCAAUAUCGGUGACGUCAGAAUGGAGUGUAUACGUUAUCAGACCACCAGAGAAACUGGUCCUCUACGUCACAAUUGCCAAAGGUACCAUACCAGUGCUAAAUGCUGCAGUUAUUGCCACUAUUGAGAGACCCAACAGCGAUCCUAUUGAGUUGACCAUGGCAGAUAACGGCGCUGGUGCUGAUAUCACCAAAGACGAUGGUACAUAUACGUCAUAUUUCACUGCAUUCAAUGGAGAUGAUAGCGCUCCCACGACUCACUUAUGUGCCUGUGCUAAGACGAUGACAAUGAUCGAUAACGAUGGUCACAUCGAUGACGAUGGUCACGUGAAUGCAGCUAAUAAUGGCAGAGACACUGUAAUAAGCCCAAGCAGACGAGUUGGAUUUGGAUCCGUCAUAGACCCGGACUAUGAGGGCGAUGUACUGGUAAUUGAAGACGAAGAAACCGGAAGUUUCCAGAGGGCAGCAAAUGGUGGUAGUUUCACGUGUAGCGGUACAUCGUGUAGCGGAUCAUCCGACCUGUAUCCACCAUCAAAGAUAAUCGAUCUUCAAGUAAAGACAAUAGCUUACAGAUUUCGAGAAGUAACAAUAGAGUUCACUGCCCCAGGCGACGAUUUAGACUAUGGAAAUGUGACGUCGUACGAGAUAUGGAUGCAUACUGACUUCUCCACGAUGCAGGCAUCACAGAAUCAACUCAAUUACGGAAAACUAUCGACUCCCAAAUCAGCUGGACAGACCGAAACUUUUGUAAUUGUAGUACCAUCGGCAGGUGGGACGUACGUAUUUUGUGUGGUUGCAGUGGAUGAUGUUGACAACAAAUCUCCCCGAUCCAACAUAGUGACUGUUUCUAUGAAUGACUUUAAUGGAGGCUAUGCUUUGUUAAUUGCUCUGUUAAUCCUG